UGGGCGCUUGGCGCUGCGUGUCGGGCAGUGUGGUCGGAGGACAGGACGGUGUACCCGGCGAUCGUGGUUUCUCUGUACGGAGAACGCUGCAGAGUCCGCUUCAACGACUACGGCAACUAUAAGGACUUGGCAUUGAGCGAGCUCCAAGCGCCCGACGAUGCUCCUCAGACACCGAUAGAAAAUUGCCUGAAACCUCCAUUGGAUGAAGAAGACCAUUGGAUCGAGUCGAAAGCUCUGGACUGGAAACCUGGCUCUCGAUGUCGGGCCGUUUACUCGGAGGACAGUAUGGUCUACCCGGCUGUGGUCCUUUGGGUCAAAGGUGAGCGCUGCUGCGUUCGCUUCGACGGCUAUGAGAACGAGGAGGAACAGGAAGUGAGCGCCUUGCUGAGCCUCGGCGCGCUGCACGGCAACAGCAUGAGCGCCGCAGCCAAGGUGAACAUCU